CUUGAUAAUGACCAAAAGUCCUACAUUGGGAAAUAAAAACAUAUGGUCCUAUGUCAUUAUGUUUUAGUCUAGGUAAAUUUCUCUUAUUUUCUCCGUCCCUUUCUUUUACCGAUUCAGGGUUUGUUCUCGGCCGGCGACCCUCUUAUUUGAAAACAAAGCGGCGGUAACAAUUGAGAGGAGAUCGAUCGAUGGAGGUACAAGGAGCCGCCGUAGAUCCGAUGGCUACAGAGGGACAUGCCACCACCCCCUCCACAGCCCAAGAAGAUCUGGUCAUUCGUCGGAAGCCCCGCAGACGUUUUCCGAUUCUUAGUCUUCGUGGGCUUGAAUCGUCGGUAGACAAGAAGUACCUGAUGCAGAUCUUGGAUGAAAAAGUUCCUGAACAGGUGUUUGCGCUCCAGGUGGUAGGAGGAGAAGAUGAUAAGCGCUUCGCCUUUAUCCAAUUUUAUGACCUGGAGUCUGCUCAACUUGUUUUGGAAAAUGGUCAUUGGAUGCCCACCCAUGAUGUCUUGGCUUUGUUCAGACCUUGUCCGGACGAAGAAGGUUGCCACCGUGACAAGCGUCCCAAGAAUCACCGCCACCACCACCACCAACUUCUCCUCCUCCCAGAUGUUCAUAUUUCAGACACCCUUCGUUUGAACAAGUGGGGGAGCAUUGCGACUGUGGAGCGCAUAACCGUGAAGCAUAUCAAACACGGCGGCACUUGUGCUAAAAUCUACGGGAAUGUGAUUGCUUUUGACGAUAACAACCAGCAGGUGUUGUUUCGCCGCAAACCAUGCGAAAGCGAUGCGAAAACAAUAGGAGAUGAUUUAGAACUCAAAGGCCCUCAUUUUUCUGGUCUUGAUCCAAGCCCUUGGGGCAGCAUUGGGAUCAACCUCUUUGAGGACCGUGGUGAUGGCCAAGAGAGAGUUUUUGCCAGAGGCCUUAUCGGCCUUGAGGAAGGUGGUUAUUUCAAAGUGGACGUGGAAGGUGAUGGCGGAGUUGUGAGUGUUGUUUAUGCCUCAGUGCAGUAUGCCGUUUGGGCUCAGGUUUGCGUUGGCGGGCUUCAGAACUUGCGCGUGUGUGGGUGCAUCAAAGCCCGGAGGGAAAUCGAGGGGGUACAGAGUGAAUUCUUAAUGUUUGCCAAAUCUUCGGACAACUGCGUCUACGUGGGCCCCGAUGGUGUUUUUCGCCUGGAUCGUUCGGUUGUGGUUGCAUCCAAAAGGGCUGGGUUAACCAUCUCCGUCUCUUUGGAUUUGUGCCAUGGCGAUGAUGAUGAGAGGACAUGGUGUGUUGUGCAAAAAGAUCUAGUCUUUGAUGCAGUGUUUAAGAAGGAAGCCCAGAGCAUUCACGGUGUAUUUGGUGGCAAAGUCACCGUGUCCCUCGCUUACAAUGAUACGCCCGACCUUCAUUGCACUGAUUUUGACCCGUAUGAUGACGACGAAGAUGAGUGGGGUGUGGGUGGUCAACUGUAUGACGACACGAUGGAGGUUAUCCAGAAACACAUGUCCUUGCUCAAAUCGUGUUCCCGCUAGAAUCUUGUAGAAGCUGGUGAAGACAUACCUUUAGAAGACUAAUUAAAAGAUAUAGAGAUGUGAAAUUCUAAACAUUCUAUUUAAAAGGGAGUUUUUGGCAUUCUUCUUGACCAUUCAUGGUCGUCUUAAAGUAUACAUCUUGGAGUCCUAGCAAAUAAGAACCUGGAGUUCUC